CUUGUGGAGAUAUCAGUUGCGAAUCCGGGUUUAAGGCGAAACAUCACUUUGAUAAGAGGGUUGAGCACUUCAUUUACAUAAGACAAAAGUAAUUUCAAGAUGAAACGCUUAGCGGUUGUAACGUUUAUCUUCUCGGCAAUCUGUGUCAUUGUGAUAUCAGCUCAAAGUCACAACGUGGAAUGGGGACACCCCAGUGCCUUCGAUCGACUACUAACCCGGGAUAUUGUAAACCGGAAAUACAAAUUCUGGAGGAUUAUACAUGAGGACUACCAGUUUCCGGCAAUUGGGAAAACGAAUUAUCUCAAUAUAACUGGGAUUCGUGUUACUGAUCAAUACAUGGACGGAACUGGAGGAUACGCGAGUCUAGUGCAAGGAGGACUCGGCCACCGCAAUGUAACGAUCCACUUGAAGUCUCAGCGUAAUCAUGGAUUUAACUUCAUCAUUGAGAUAUUCGGACGUUAAAGCCCUGAGAGCGUUUGCAGCUUCUUAAGAUUGAAUAAAUGAUAGUUAAAACA